GAAGUGGUAAUUUCCGUCUCCGUCUACACCGCUCACUCGGUGUGGCCUCAUGGGCUGCGGCUGUCAUCCUCCCACGAGCUGCUCGCCAGCAACACACUCGCGGAUCUGCUGAAAAUCAUUCCUUGUCAAAGUACCUCCAUUCCUCACGCUGCUGAUCGUAUGUUUCCCGAAAUCGAUCUUCUGGAUCGUGCAUGUAUCGGGAUAGAAGACGUGAUGUAUGGUCAACAUCCUGAAGAUGCUCAUAGUGUCACCAUGCUGCUCCAGAAGCUUAAUUCGCAGACUCCUUCUCCAUCUGAGAUAGGACACAGCUCUCUCGAGCUGAAGGACGUGCGAAUAGGAAGCUUGUCCCUGCGCAUGAACUAUCCUUACUGGAUCUUUCAUGCUGGAAUGUGCGAGCAUGUAUGGACUGUCGACGACAUUCACCUGCAUCAUCCUUCAGAGCCCCAAAGAAUAGACUAUCCUAUAACGACAUUCCUUCCUGCCAGCAUUACACCCAACUGCGGUGUGUGUAAAGUUCUACCGGCUAUUCUCGCCGUGAGUGGCGACCUUAGGUUGGAUAAUAGCCCCUGCUUUGUGUGCAAAGUGUGUUGGGACCUCCUGGGCUGGCCGCAAGGGGACAUUUAUAUCAAGGUAGUGCGGUUAAUCGGACGAAGGACGGGAACGUAA